AUGGAUAAGAAAUCUGUUGUACUUCCGAAUACACCAAGUAAAUUAUGUGAUAUAGCUGCACUUCGUCAACAAUUGGAUGCCAUUGAACGUAAUGAGAAAAACAAUAUUAAUGGAAAUAUUUCUCUAGAAAAAAUAAAGAAACAAUGUGAUAUGUUACAAAAAGAAACUAUGGAUAAAUUAUUUCUUACAACACAAAAACAAUUAGAUGCUCAAAAAUCGAAAGAAUUUAUUAUAAAACGUACAAAAGAAAUUCAUGAAGUUAUGCAAGCAAUAAAUAAUACGGAAUUAGUUGAUGUUUGUUUCUUACUUGAUUGUACAAGUAGUAUGCAAAAAUAUAUUGAUGAAGUUAAAGAUCGUAUAUUGGAAACGGUGAAAUUAUUAAAAACUCGUUUUUCAUUUUUAAAUAUACGUUUAGCAUUCGUUGGUUAUCGCGAUUUAGAUUUAAGUGAAGAAGAACAAUUUAGUAUUUUAGAUUUUACAGAUGAAAAUGAAUUUUAUACAUUUAUUUCAACAGUAGUAUGCAAAAAUGGUGGUGAUGCUUGUGAAGAUGUUCUUGGAGGUUUACAACGAACAAUAAAUCUGAAUUGGCAACAACCUGUACGUAUUUUGAUACAUAUUGCUGAUGGUCCAUCACAUGGUCGACGAUACCAUGAUUUAGCGGAUGUAUGUGAUUACUAUUUAACACAUGAUGAUAAUGGAGCUAUUGGAUAUAGAUUAAUACAUGAACUUGUUGAAUUAGGAGUGAGAUAUUUCUUUGGUCGUCUAGCUCAUCAUACUGAUAAGAUGAUUGAACAAUUUACUACAUACACUGAAGGUCGAAUGGCGAUCGAACAAAUUGAUGUUGGGGAUUUUAAAAACUUAUUACCAUUUAUCGUUGAUACUAUAACACAUUCGAUUUCAAGAGCAACAGUAUCAUUAUUGAAAAAUUAUCCUGUACUUGAAGAAAAUCCUCCGGGUACGCAUAAUACAUCAAAAAUUAGUAUUCAACGUAGUAUAGUUUUUGAAGAAAAAGAACCAAUAUGGGCAAAUAUACCGCCCAAACAAGUCAAAGUCAUCAAAUAUGAAUGUAAUGCUACUUUACGUUGUAAAGAAGUAAUUCAAUCAUUAACAUUAAAAGUUGCUGAUAAUCCUUUUGCAGAAGGUGCACUUCGUUUAGCAUAUUAUGGUUCAAUGUUAUUUAAAGGUCAAUGGGGAAAAUUUGUUCUUAAAGAAUAUAAAAGUGUUACUAAUGGUGAAAAUACAAAAGAGAAAUAUUUAGAAAUGUUAGAUUGUCAAACAGUUGCCGAUUAUCUUGCACAAGAAUUCAAUAAAUUAUCACCAAUUAAUAAUUCAACAGCGAUGAUUAAAAAAAUUAAAUUUAUAAUGACGAAAUUAGUUUUUAUGCCUCAAGGAGGUGAAGGUAAAUUUCGUUAUUAUACAAUGGAGAGAUUUAUUGAAGGUGCAUAUAAGAAAUUUUCAAAUAAUAUUGGAUAUGUUAAUUAUCAAGAUCCAGCAUUAACUUUACAAGCAUUUUCACAUUGGACAUAUGAACGUACAAAUGGUGAAAUGAUUGUUGUUGAUUUACAAGGUAUUGAUAUUGGUGAUCAUCAAACAUAUUUAUUAACUGAUCCAUGUAUACAUGCAACUGAUCUUAAACGAUUUGGUCGAACAAAUCUUGGUAAAGCUGGUAUGAAACGAUUCUUCCAAACACAUGUGUGUAAUAUCAUCUGUCAUGCUUUGAAACUCAAACGAAAUAAAUAUCAAUUAGAUGAGGCACCAAUUAAAUGGGAUUCUUAUUUUGUUAAUAAAUGGAAGUCUACAUUAUUUACUUCAGUGGCUAAGAAAUAA